AUGGCAGAACCAAGGCGUACCUUGUCCGAUUAUGAAAGGCCUCAGUUUACUGGUGAGGAAUUCAGUGUGCAUGCUCCCACCGUGCCGGCUAACAACUUUGAAAUCAAAGCAAGCACAAUUGGGAUGAUCCAAAAUUCUGUACAAUUUGAUGGGCUCGCUGAUGAAGACCCGCAUGCGCAUUUGUCUCGCUUCCUCCAAAUUUGUUCCACCUUCAAGAUUAACUCAGUGUCUGAUGAUGCGAUAAGAUUGAGAUUAUUCCCUUUCAGUCUAAGGGGAGCAGCAUAUCGGUGGCUCACGUCAUUGGCACCGGGGUCGAUCACCACUUGGAAGGAAAUGACUAGAUUGAGGCAAGAAAUUUCUGCAUUCCCAGCAAGGGACUCGGAGACACUUUUUGAAGCACACAAGAGAUUCAAGGAUCUCCUACGGAAGUGCCCCCAUCAUGGCUUCUCCUCGUGGAUGAGAAUUCAGAUGCUUUGCAAUGGUCUGAAUUAUGCAACUAGACAACUCAUCGAUGCUGCAGCAGGGGGGUCAUUGAGUAAUAAAACCCCUGAAGAUGCUGAAAUGUUGAUUGAAAACAUGGCGAGUAACGAAUGCCACUGGUCUACUAGACAGAAACCACCUAAGGCAGCUGGAAUUUAUGAGAUAGAUGACAACACUGCACUAGCCGCUAAGGUGGAGGCCCUAACAAAGAGAUUCGAUCCGGUUUAUGUUGGGUUCAAGCUCAAAUUCUGGAGCAUCGAGACAGUUGAUUAUGUUGGGGGAGGUCCUCGAGGUCCAGGCAAUCCCUAUGGAAACACAUACAAUCGGGGUGGAGGAAUCACCCAAAAAUUUUCCCCAGGGUCAACAACGCAACCUCGGCCUCAAGCAGACCUCGAGGGACUUUCACAUCAACUUCCGCAGCAGCCCGAGAAGAAGUUCUCCACCGAAGAUGUGUUAGCGAGAUUCAUGAUCAGCACUGAGAGCAAAUUCGAGCGCCCACCGGGUAGCCUCCCUAGUAACACUGAGAAUAAUCCUAGGGAGCAUUUGAAGGCCGUCACCCUCAGAAGCGGGAAACAGGUUGAAGCACGAGCCAAGGAGGGCUCAAGUACUGAGCAUGAUGGGGUAGCCGUACGGGAAGACCCUAUGUCGUCUGAGAGUUUAGUUGAUGGGGGAAAAGAAAAGCAAGAUGAAGAAAUCCUUCAACUACCAACACCGAGGGUACCUGAGUACAAGCCGACUAUUCCCUAUCCGGCUAGGUUAAAGCAAGAUAAAGAGGAGGCUCAAUUCAAGAAAUUCCUGAAUGUGUUCAAGCAGUUACACAUAAAUAUCCCUCUUGUUGAGGCGUUAACCCAAAUGCCCAAGUAUGCCAAAUUUAUGAAAGACCUGCUGACUAACAAGAGAAAAUUAGAGGAAUUAGAAUCUGUUGCAUUGCCACGGAACUGCUCGGCAAUGAUUCUGUAG